GGCAGCCGAUCAGUGGGAGGGGGGCUGGGCUACAGACAGCUUUCUCGGACUGUGAGGACGCGCACAGCACCGAGAGGACAGCUCAGUUGGCGCCCAGCCUGCACACAUCAGUCCGGCUACUCCACUGUACGGAGCAAGUUCUUUUGCAGGGUUCACUUCUCUUUCUCUGACUCGGAGCGGCACCACGAAGCCUUCUGAACGCAGACAGGAUGUCUGUUUCCGUCAAUGACCACCUCGAAGGGAUUUUAUCAGAUUUUGAAGCGCUGAAGAGAUCCUUCGACAUUGAAGAGGUGGACGACAUACCAUCGUUCUCUACAGCUUCCCCCAUCUCCACCCCCGUUGCUCCCUCAUCCCCCCAUUUCUUCCUGAACCAAAACAAAGCCAGUGAGGGGCGGGGAGGAGGUUGCCAGUCCCCUUCAUUAGCCUUCAACAACAACAACAACCUGGGCUCUACAGCCCACCACUCCCGCAUCAGCCUGAGUUCCAAUCCAAGCCCAGUGCUUAAGUCCCGUUCUGUAGUCAGUAGCCUGUCCUUCAACCGAGGAACCAUGAACAAGCUGGCCAUCCACAACAACGGCUCCUCCAUGACCAGAGCUGCAUCCUUCCAGAGCAGGUUAAACCCCAGCAGUUACUCCAUGUCUGGGCCAGGCAGUGACAACGACAGCCUACACAGCUCCACAUCCAGUCUGGAGUACUCUGGAGGAUGUGGGGGUGCCCUUCCCCCUACUAAACAUGGGUCAUAUUCCAGCCCUCCACCUCAAGGAGAGUACCAUCGAACCCAGUCCCAGUUCCCACAUCAACUAGAGGGAGGUGCCAACCUGGGAAGAACCCCCAACCUAAAGAAGUUCUCCUCCCAUGGGAGUGUUUUCCACUCUGAGAUGGACCAGGGGCAAGGGAUGAUGCUGGGUGUUCCAGAACCUCAGGGGGUGAACCAUGGCUCCAUGCCCAGCCUAGACCUCCAGAUUCGUGAUGGAGGAGGUGGAAUGGUGAGUAUGCAAAGGGGUAGCGGUGGAGACAGUAUAUCUCCAGGGUUGAGGUAUGCCAAUGCUAAUGCCAACUGGAAUGGUCGUCUGCAUAAUGCCAGUUCCUUUGGGGAGGAGGGCUACUGUGGCUCCAAAAACCACUGCCAGCAGCAAAGGCCCCAGAUUCUCAAGGCUAUGCAGCCUAAGGCCAAAGAGACUCCACGUCUUAACAAGUUUCCCUUAGACCUGGACAGCUUGGUAAGCAGUACCUCAACCUCUUCUCCCACCAAGGCUCAAGGAGGAUCCAUGAGCCCCACCCCCCCCAAGCCUCCUCCAAGGAGCACAGGAGGCUUCCAGCAACACACCAGCCCACCAUCCACCUCAGCCAGCCCUUCAGCCUCUCUCAGCAGCCUGGAAAGUUCUUCUGAAACCCCACCCCUCUCCCUUCACCAUCCCUUUUUGCCUUUCUCUCCAUGUUCUCCAACUCUCUCACAGGGCUCCAUCCCUGUCCCAGAGAUGAUAUGCUCCCCAGUGCCCCUUUCUCCAGCCCAGAGCCUAAAACUGGAGAUUCCUUCAGGGCCCCAAGUUGCUCAGGUGGUCUCCAAUCUGCUUAGCCCUUACAGCCCCUCCAGCCUAUCCAGCCCCAGAGCCAUUCGGUCUUUGGAGGAUGGAAAAGAUACUGUAGGAUCAAUCUUACAGAGGAUCGCUUCUUUCUCCCGGAAUGUCUCCACUGACACUAUCCCAGCAGCUGUCCAAGCUGCUACAGUCCAAAGCAAUUGUGGGUCGUCAUUUGGAUGUCCUGCUGAGACCAGACCGACAUGGAAACAGGGGAGAAAGAAACAUGAAGAAACUGCUGGAGAGCUGGAGACAGACAAGCUCACUCAGAUGGAGGAGGAGAAGGAGAGAGGCAACAUGGGACAAGAGCAAGGAGAUGAGGGCAAGAACCAAGAACAACCUUCCAGCGGGAACUCCCAGAAUUUCAUGACAGAAAAAGAGGAGAACUGUGUGGGGGUUUGUACAAAGAUGGAGGAGAAGGGGAAGGAGAAGGGAAUGGAGGAAGGAGAGAUGCAGAAAGAGAUGGAGCUGGAGGCAGAGGUGAAGGUGGAGCUGCGCCAGUCUGUGCCAGGCCUGCAGAUGAGCUUCAUCCAGGGCACUGACCUGUUUGGCUACGUGGGCAUCGAGGCAGUACUGGACCAGAUGAGGAGCAAGACAAUGAAGGCCGGUUUCGAGUUCAACAUCAUGGUGGUUGGUCAGAGUGGUUUGGGGAAGUCCACGCUGGUCAACACUCUGUUUAAGUCUAAAGUCAGCCGGAAGUCCUGUACGCCAAACUACGAAGAGAAGAUCUCCAAAACAGUCAAACUGCAUACAGUCAGCCAUGUGAUUGAAGAGAAGGGGGUGAAGAUGAAGCUGACUGUGAUCGACACUCCAGGAUUUGGUGACCAGAUCAACAAUGAGAACUGCUGGGAGCCCAUACUGAAGUACGUCAACGAGCAGUAUGAGAAGUACCUGAGAGAAGAGCUGCAUGUCAACCGCAAGAGGAGAAUACCUGACAGCAGAGUCCACUGCUGCAUCUACUUCCUCCCUGCCACUGGCCACAGGUUACGCCCCAUUGAUGUUGAGUUCCUGAAGAGGUUGGGGAAGAUAGUGAGCAUCGUGCCCAUCAUCGCCAAAGCCGACACGCUCACCAUUGAGGAAAGACAGGAGUUCAAAGAGAGGAUAAGGCAAGACCUAGCAGCCAAUGGAAUUCAUGUUUACCCCCAAAAAGAGUAUGAUGAGGAUCCGGAGGAACGCAUUCUAAACGACAGGAUCAGGGAAAGCAUUCCCUUUGCUGUGGUAGGAACCGACAAGGAGCACCAGGUGAAUGGAAACAAGGUGCUGGGCCGUAAAACAAAGUGGGGAAUCAUUGAAGUUGAAAAUGUGGCGCACUGUGAGUUUGCCAACCUGAGAGAUCUACUCAUCAGGUCUCACCUUCAGGACCUGAAAGACGUGACACACAACAUCCACUACGAGACCUACCGCGUACGCCGGCUCAACGAGAGCAACAUGGACUUCAGUGAACUGGGCCUGUCCACCUGGCUGCUGGAGAACGGAACUGCCGACAAAUGGGAAUCAGAGAGCCACCUCUGAUCUCUCCAUCAGCCUCCUCCUCCUUCCUGCACCUGCCAGACGAACACCGACGUUCCUCGUCCAGUCAGAAUGAGAGAUGGGGGGGGUAUUUCACUCCCACCACACACACAUUUGAAAAUGAGAUGGAGAAUAAUUUUUUUUUUUAUUGUUUUUCCGUUUUUUUCAUUAUGGGACCAUCUAGUGGAUUGUUUUUAAAUGAAAAAUUCUAUUCUGGGUUUUUACAUUAAGACAUAAGAAAUGUAUCAAAUAUGGAUAUAUUUUUGACUGUGAGCUCAUAUAUAUUUUUUGGAAGGAUGGUGACAGUGUACAGGGCAGGCUAGCAGCAGGUAGCACAAUGUGGCACAAAGUCUCUCAAUGGUAUCUAAGCAUGUUGCUAUAUAAAUGCUACACAAAAAUGUGGACAGUCCAGACCUCACUGUAUCACCUAACAACAGUGUUAUAGAAGCAGAUCAUAUGUGGGAAAAGGCUGUCCGUAAACAUUUAGCAAUCAUUCUUGCUUAGGGUAAAUGUGUUUAGAUGUGAAUCUAAAGACAUUGCUUUGAAUUAAUUUAAGAACACAGAGCAACCAAAAUAGUCACAGCAUGUAAAUCAGGUAAAUUAACCCCUCUAACAAAAACUCUUGCUGCGCCAAGCUGCCCUGUUCAUUUUGACCAUAUCUGUUUUUAACAGUACUGUUGUCAGGUCAGACAACACGUUAUGGAGAGGUGGACGAUGUGUAGGUUUGGUUGCUUUAUAAAAAGAUGGCUGCCUUUUAUACUUCUGAGCUGAGCUAUAACUGACUGUAGGGAAUAUAAACUAAAUGAUUAGACUGUAGGAUUCUGGAGGACAUGCUGUAUUGUAUCCUUCGUUUACCCCUCCAGGUGUCCACAUUUGCCUGCCCUUUUCCUUCACAUUUCCAUGUCCAGAUUCCAUGUAUAAAAUUGAAGAUGCUGUUUAUGUCCACAUUUAAGUGCCAAAACUACAGAAAAAUGCUUUAUUUGUUCAUUCUCUGACACUUUUAAAGAGUAACUACACCCAAACAGUUGACACACAUAGAACAACCCUAGUCAUUAUGUCAACAGUUGAGCACAUAAUGGACUAGUGAACUAGUAAAAAAUCUUGCUCAGUAUUCCACCAGUGGAUAAAAUGAGCAGAAACGUAGACUCACUCCGUGGAUUGCUGAAGGUGUGGACACCGACUUUGCAAGAUCUUUUUCAAAUUUCAUCAGCCAAAUCAGGUUCUAAAUAGGUUAGUUGAUGAUGAUGUGAUUUGUGGUGUUUUCCAUUUAUUAUUUUUCAGUUUUAGUGACUUUUAUUAUUCUUUUAUCCAGCUCUGCAGCCCCUUGAACAGGCAUCUGACUUCCCCAGAUGCGACCUCUCUUUCUCUUUUUUGCGUUCAUUGCUCAUUUAAAACAAAGGGACAGCAUAAAAACGGCGUAGUUAAAGCUGCAGUAGAUAACUUUUAUAAAAAUAACUUUUUGUCAUAUUUGCUGAAGCUUUGACUAUUACCUGGCAGUAGUACAGCAUAGAGACAGAUAAUCUGUGAAAAAAUCUGGUUCCUCUGGCUCCUCCUAGUGCUCAUAAUGGCAUUUACAAGAAUCCACUGGGCCUGAAUGAAAACAACCAAUCAGAGCCAAGAAAGAUAGGUCUCAUUCCCCGGGGCGUCAAAUACAGACACAUUGGGACCCUAGGAAUGUGACUCAACAAUCAACUAUAUUCAAGCCUCCAACCCAAAGCGUCUUUCUAUUCUUCUCUGAUUGGUUGUUUUCGUUCAGGCCAUACCAUUAGGAGCACUAGGAGGAGGCAGAGGAACCUGAUUUUUUCACAGAUUAUAUGUCAUGUGUACUACCGUCAGGAUAUAGUAAAAGUUUCAGCAAAAAUUACAACAAAGUAGUUUUAUAAAAGUUACCUACUGCAGCUUAAAGUGGUUCAUAGGUUCACGUCUGUUGCAUCUCUAAACAGGCCAGGCGUGGUAAGUUGUGACCACACCCAACUGUGAAUGUAGCAGUGCACUGUGAAGUGCUGUAAUGUGCAUGGUGCGCCUGGGUGUAGUUGUCUACACGACUCUCAAUGGGUCGUAAAUGGCUGGUUUAGUGUGGAGGAAAAAGCCCAGAUGGAUAAAAGAUAUAUUUUCAGAUUCAUCAACAUUAGUGUAAGCAUGGCCUGUUACAUUUUUAGUGUCACUAGUUGUGUGUUGCUAUUGGUGUUGGAACUAGCUAGCUCCACCCUACCUUUUGUAACAACGUUAUUAAUAUAGAAAUGGCUUGUGGAGCAACAAUGGUGCAUUAUUGACACAAUAAUUAGACUUUUUUUUUUUACAUAGCAGGAAAAGUAACCAUGGCGACCUGUUCAAGAGUCCCAGUGAGCCACGACAGUGUGACGUGAGCCAGGUUGCACCCUGAAACUGAAGGAGCUAAAUGGAAUUCAGCCAUCAUUCAUGUGAUUAUCUACACCUGUACUUUUUCCUACUGUGUCACGUAAAAUUUUCGUCAGCAAAAAUGCAACUAGUAUGUCAAGAUUACCACUGUACAGUUUGAACUUUACAUGAUGGCUUGUGAAAAUUAUUGUUAUGGUUAAGAUGGCAAAGCCUGCUCAGCUGUCUUUCAGUAGAUAAAUGAAGAUUUAAAUAUAUUUUUAGAGAACCUAGAGAACCUUUCUGUUACCUAAAGCUGCAGUAGAUAACUUUUAUAAAAUAUAAAAUAUAUUAAAAAAAUAUAUAAAAGACUGUAGAACAUGAGAGAGAUAAUCUGAUGAUCUGUCUCAUGAACUACUGUCUGGAUAAAGUGAAAUUUUCAGCAAAUACGACAAAGUUGUUUUAUAAAAAUUACCUACUGCAGCUUUGACUCAACAUAUUUCAGAGUGAUGCUCUAUAUAAAUAUGCAUGAGCAGUGUUUAAGAAUAGUACUCGGGAAAUGGCAACACUCAAGCAUGAUCAGGCUCAGCAUUGGUCUCACCUUUUUACGUUGCUUAAUUUUUUUCUUCAUAACUCAACUCAAAGCUCAACUACCUGGUAUCGAAAAUGUCACUUUCCCUCUGAAAGCCACCUGUCGUCACUAGUGACACCAAACCCUUUGCAGUUGCAUUCCACUUUGAUCAAAUACAGCAUGUCAGAUAUUCAGUGUUACUGUCCUCUUAACUUCCUGACCCUAUGUGUUAACCUCCCACCCAUGUGUCUUAUACUCAGCGUACUAACAGUUUGAUUAUUGUCUUUGUUUUUUUAUAGUAUAAAUGAUACACAUGUUAACACUGUCGAUUUACAAUUAAAUACUUGUCACCUUGUCA